AGUUUUCUUUUAUUUUCUGAUUUCUAGAUUCUGCUAAAGAGACCCAUACGGUUCCGGAGACAGAUAAAUCAACUACAAUACACGGCCUUCUGUUACCUGAAAAGAUUGCGACAGCAGCAAAUGAUUCUACGCUGGCGUUACAAGACACGGAACCGAAUCAUUUCAACUCAACCGGUGUGGUACUGGGCUCAGUCUUCACCAUAAUAGCCCUCAUCAUCGUCUUUUUGGUCAUCUUACACCUGUGUGGAAAGAAAAGAAACACGAAAGAUAUGAGGAUGCAGGAUCACAUAAAGAUCGAAAUCACCGAUGCCACCGAAAUGGUUCCGAUGAGCAACAACGACGGUGUGACCAAUAAAACCAAUGUUGAUGCCAACGGACAGUGUCCAGAAAACGGUGGCCCUCCACCUUUGCUCAACAACGACUUCACGUGCGCCGUUAACGACAACUACAGACCAGUCAGUCCCACCGACACGGAACCAACGAACGGACCCAUCGUGGAAGACGUCUACGACAUUCCGGAAAACCUUCGGAGAAAGACACAACAACAACAACAACGACGGCAGGAGCAACAACAAAAAGAACUGCAGCAGCAGCAGCAGCAGCCGACAUCAAACGAAAAUAUUGAUGACGGUGAGACAAAGAAAUUGGUUCCUCCACCUGUGUUCCGACUGGAUGAUCUGGAAGACAUAAAAUACAUCGACGACAGUGAAGACGAUUUGCUGUUUCCCUAUCAAAGCGAUGAAGAAGAUCAUGGAAACCAGGAGUCAGAUUACGAAGAGGAUGACAAUGGCGGUUUCAACGAAAGGAGAAAACUAUUGAAAACAAACAGCGGAGGAUUCACCGCAACCUUUCUCUUGAAUUAAGACUUUCGAUAGCAUAAGUAUAUUCAUAUUAAUAUUGAUACUGAUAUUAAAGACCGGAUUAGGCGACCAGAUGGCAGAAGCGCUAAUGCAUCGGCAAAAUGCUUAACGGUAUUUCUUCUGGAUCUUUACGUUCUGAGUUCGAAUUCCAAUGGGGUUGACUUUGCCUUUCAUCCUUUCGGGGUCGUUUAAAUAAGUACCAGUGAAGUACUGGGGAUCGAUGUAAUCGACUUGAUUCCUUCCCUCAAAAUUGCUGGCCUUGUACGAAAAUUUAAAACAAUAUCAAAGGACAGGUUAUGAUAUAAGUUAAACAAAGAAAAUGAUCUAAAAACUGUGGUGUUACAUUUCCACAGAAGAGUUGCAGCAGCGUUUUUCAAAAUUACAAAUACCAAGGCACUCUAAACCCCGCAGAAAUUCUGGUAACAUAUUCUAACCUUCCUCCUUCCCAACUCUUUAUUAAUGGGAGACGAAAAUAG